AUGAAUACAUUUUCUUUGCUACUUCGUUCAUGUGAGCUUUCUCGAAAUUUGACGAAUUCGAUGAAUUCAGUAAUUGACCGCGGUGUUUUAGCUUUACAUGAAAGAUUACUUGCGUCAAAAAAUCCUAUUUUUUCACGAAUACAAAGUAUCAAUGCCAAAAAGUCCGGAAAUAGUCAUAUAAUACAAAAAAAAUUUCAAGUAAAAUCUCGAUAUGCAAACAAAAGCUCGAAUAUUUAUCGAAAUGUACUAAAUGGACAAUUCAAUGUUUUAUCAUUUCAACGUUCUCGGUCUCAAACAGCACAAGAUUUGAUUUAUGAUAUACAAAAGAGGCCACAAGUCUUAAGCCAAUCACAUUCUGCAUCUCAUAUAUUACAAAACACUGAAUUGAUUGUAGUUAGACAGUUAGAAAUGUUGAAUGUUUUUUUGGGAUUUGAACAAGCAAAUAAGUAUGCGAUCCAUGAUCAAAGUGGUAAUUGUGUAGGUUAUAUAGCAGAAGAAGAACAAUCUCUGGCUUCAGUAAUAUUGCGGCAACUCUUUCGAACACAUCGAAAAUUUACUGCCAUAAUUAUGGAUUUGGAUGGUAAUACGAUAUUGAAGGUUCGUAGGCCAUUUGCGUGGAUCAAUUCUCGAAUAUUCAUUAGUACAGGUGAUGAAGAAUUAAUUGGUGAAGUUCAUCAACAAUGGCAUUUGUGGCGUCGACGUUAUAAUUUAUUUACACAUCAAACUCAAUUUGCAUUAAUUGAUGCUGGAUUCUUGUCAUGGGAUUUCAUUAUGGAAGAUGAAGACGGUGAUGUUUUGGGAAAUGUAACUCGUAAUUUUACUGGGUUCGCAAGAGAAAUUUUUACAGAUUAUGGACAAUAUAUGCUUAAGAUGAAUCCCGAGUAUAAAAAUAUCACUUUGGAUGAACGUGCUGUAAUUCUAGCCGCUGCAAUAUCAAUAGAUUUUGAUUAUUUUUCGAGGCAUUUAGGAUUUCAUUUUCCAUUUCCUUUUAUCGGUGAAGAAAUUGAUGAAGGUUUCGAUGAAGAUUUCGAUUAA